AGACAACCUGGUAAUAGGAAGAAGUUACUUCUGGAACAUGGGAAGCAGUGAUUUGAUACCAUUAAAACCUGUUUCUACUCAUCCUGGCUUCUCACAAUUUUGUACUCUUGGUGAUCUAUCCUGUUGCUUCUGGAAAAACAUAUUGAAUUAGGAGAGUUUUCGUCACCAAUCUGGUGCCAGAGAAAGAUGAUAAAACAAAUUUACCUUACAUGUAUGACUGCUGGAUGGGGAACAACUGAACCUCAUACAUGACUAUAUGAAGGAAGAGGAAGGUUUUCCUGAAGAUGAGGCGACUGAAUCGGAAAAAAACUUUAAGUUUGGUAAAAGAGUUGGAUGCCUUUCCAAAGGUUCCUGAGAGCUAUGUAGAGACAUCAGCUAGUGGAGGUACAGUUUCUCUAAUAGCAUUUACCACUAUGGCUUUAUUAACCAUAAUGGAAUUCUCAGUAUAUCAAGAUACAUGGAUGAAGUAUGAAUAUGAAGUAGACAAGGAUUUUUCUAGCAAAUUGAGAAUCAAUAUAGAUAUUACUGUUGCCAUGAAGUGUCAAUAUGUUGGAGCAGAUGUAUUGGAUUUAGCAGAAACAAUGGUUGCAUCUGCAGAUGGUCUAGUUUAUGAACCAACAGUAUUUGAUCUUUCACCACAGCAGAAAGAAUGGCAGAGGAUGCUGCAGCUGAUUCAGAGUAGGCUACAAGAAGAGCAUUCACUUCAAGAUGUGAUAUUUAAAAGUGCUUUUAAAAGUGCAUCAACAGCUCUUCCACCAAGGGAAGAUGAUUCAUCACAGUCUCCAGAUGCAUGCAGAAUUCAUGGUCAUCUAUAUGUCAAUAAAGUAGCCGGGAAUUUUCACAUAACAGUGGGCAAGGCAAUUCCACAUCCUCGCGGUCAUGCACAUUUGGCAGCACUAGUCAACCAUGACUCUUACAACUUUUCUCAUAGAAUAGAUCAUUUGUCUUUUGGAGAGCUUGUUCCAGCAAUUAUUAAUCCUUUAGAUGGAACUGAAAAAAUUGCUAUAGAUCACAACCAGAUGUUCCAAUAUUUUAUUACAGUUGUGCCAACAAAACUACAUACAUAUAAAAUAUCAGCAGACACCCAUCAGUUUUCUGUGACAGAGAGGGAACGUAUCAUUAACCAUGCUGCAGGCAGCCAUGGAGUCUCUGGGAUAUUUAUGAAAUAUGAUCUCAGUUCUCUUAUGGUGACAGUUACUGAGGAGCAUAUGCCAUUCUGGCAGUUUUUUGUAAGACUCUGUGGUAUUGUUGGAGGAAUCUUUUCAACAACAGGCAUGUUACAUGGAAUUGGAAAAUUUAUAGUUGAAAUAAUUUGCUGUCGUUUCAGACUUGGAUCCUAUAAACCUGUUAAUUCUGUUCCCUUUGAGGAUGGCCACACAGACAACCACUUACCUCUUUUAGAAAAUAAUACACAUUAACACCUCCCAAGUGAAGGAGAAAAACUUUUUGCCUGAGACAUAAAACCUUUUUUUAAUAAUAAAAUAUUGUGCAAUAUAUUCAAAGAAAAGAAAACACAAAUAAGCAGGAAACAUACUUAUUUUAAAAAAGAAAAAAAAAAGGAAAAAAAGAACCCCAAACUGAAAUUCUUAUAUUUGUUGUGUCUGUUACAAAUGUCAUAGAAGAAAUAAUGCAGCUAAACAGUGAAGAAGCCCAACUGGAGUGUUGCUUUGAAGAUGACGCCUUCUUAAAUUUUCACACAAAAUGGGCAGUAUCGAAAUCAGACUUGGAUUCUUGGUGAUAAAAAGCCUGAAGGAAAUAAGUGAAACCACAUCUAUCUAUAGAAAAAAAAAAAAAUUGAGAAGUGCAAAUGUUUGCAUCCUUUUGUUUUUAAAAGAUAUGAUAUCAGAAUAAAAUGUGGAAAACAUAUGGAAAACUAGUCUAGACUUUAAAGAAUUGUGAUCAGGUCAAAAUAAAAACAGGGACUAGUCCCUAUGUUAUAGCCAUAUUAAUGUUAAGCCAUAUUGAGAAGACCAUUUAUCCACUAACUUGGUCUAAAAAAGUAACUGCUUUUCUUUGGACUCUGGUUAUUGACUUUUUUAACUGAUGAAGGUAGAGUCUUAGAAGAUCAAGGUCAGUUCUUACAGGCGCAGGUAUGUAGGUGUUAUGUAACAGAGGUGUCAUUCACAAAUGGUAUAGUAGUCUCUUACACAGGGAAAAGAAAGCACAUUUUUUAAAAAGAUGCCAAGUUUCCAAAUCUAAUCAUUAUAUUAUUGGUAUAUUUUGGGGGACAUAGCGUGAGUUAUUUAAAAGAUCCACUACUGAUAGUGAAAAUUAUCAGCUUGUAAAACAUUAAGUAAGAGAAAAAUAGAAUAUUUUAUACAUGUGGUAAGUGGGGAACAGGGUAACUUUUAAAUGAAAGUGUAAGGCAAACUUUAAGCACAAGAUAUAUCAGAUCUGAGAGGUGCCAUAUUAAUGUUCAUUAAACUGUAAAACUGGAUUAUGAAAGAAGUAUUUGCAUUCAGAGUGUCCUGAAUAUGAAUGAUUCUGUAUUAGAUUGUUUUCUAACUUUCUUAACUAUUUAAGGAUUGGUUCUAAAUCUUCAGAAUAUAAAAGAUUAAAAGUAGAGGGAGCUAUCAUACAGGUACUAUUAAAAGCUGUAUUUGGAGUAUGUAUGCCAGUAUCAGUUUUCCUUUUGUAAUACUGAAUGAUGGUAGAAGAAUCAUCAACCAAUCCCCAAAGUUGAAAUCAUUUAGAGAAACAGGAAAACAAAAUUCCAGGUAAAUAACAAGACUGGAAGACUAAGUUACAGUUUUUCAAAUGGAUUUAUUUUAAAGACAAAGUUAUAAAAACAGGAUGAACAGUAUAAUGGAGAAAAGGAGAAAUAGUGAUGGGUCUAUUUUGCAUUAAAAUUUAUGCAGAAUGACAUUCUGCAGAAAAUAAGCAUCAUU